AUGGCUGUACUUUCUCUUCUAAUUGGUCUAGGUUGCGUGGCUCUAACAUGGCUUCUUUUCGUCUCUGUCUUGCGGCGGAGCUCUCCAAGUACACUUCUGCGCCUCAAAGAGUCUGGAGUUAGUGUCACACAUAAUGGGUUUUCUAAAGCAUUUUAUUUCAAGUCUAUACCUCAGUAUAAUCUAACGUUAAGCGUAUCACCAGCCAGUGAGAGUGCCUCCAAAAAGAAAGCACGUGCUCUCCAAAUCAUAAGCACAUUGUCAGUCGUACUGGGGACUGCAUUCAGUAUUCUGAGCAUUGCUGUUAUCAUCUGGUCCAUUUGGUCGUCCUUCAACAAAAAAGAAGUUCCCUACACCCUCACAGUACCGCACUCUAACGUGCUGACAGUGUUCCUUUGCCUCUGCAGCGCCGUCCUCUUUCAUGAGAUGGGGCAUCUGCUACUUAUGUACAGCACCAAGACACCCAUUCGUGGGUUUGAGGUUGGGAUACGGUACUUCAUUCCCUUCGUUACAAUCUUUGGGGCUUUAAAUUCACCUGGAUCCGCUUCUGACUCUCAAAAGGAAACCAUUAACGCUAUAGGCGGUAUUCUCGGAAACAUAUCCACCUCGUUAAUAGCUCUCGCUAUAGCAUAUCUUGUUUCUUACCGAACACGCACCUCAGUUUCUUCCACCUCCCUGUUUGUUUACUUGGGAGAGGACCCCCACGACAUUAGUCCCUAUUCACUAGUUCAGUCCGUAGGAAGUACACCAAUACACAGCCCAAUGGAUCUAGAUCGUGCCCUCCGGACGAUUGAGGCGCAGUAUACCGGAGAUUAUGGAGCUAUUGAGCUCUUGGUGGACAACAAAAACACCUUCUCGUUGGCCGCCGGAAUCAGGCAAUCGGUUCAGGCGCAGCUAGCAUACCAGAAGAGUGGUGCCCUUGCAGGUGUGGCUGAUCUCUGGCCACCAUACUCAUCAUCACAAAGCCUAGGAGGCAUACAGAUACCGUACACAGCUUUGGAAAAUAUGGAGCCACUACAAUGCCACAUCCCACAAGAUGGGGUCCCAAUACUUCUAUCCCACUAUCACGUGCUUUCAGCGUCUCACCUGCUUGUUCUAUCUCCCUAUGUUAUGAACACUUCUCUCCUUUCAACCUUUCUCUCUAGCGACCAGUCCAGCCUCUGUCAUUACAGCACAGCAGACUAUGUCUGCAUGUAUCCAUAUUUCUUCGCCAAUGACACCCUUAGCGCCAGUGGAAACGGCGUCUAUGCACGUUCGAUAGUUAAUGGUGUUCAGCAAAUGAUACCACUACCAGUUUCUGGCAGUCACCAGACUCUCACCCUCGAAGGGUGGAAAAAGCAAUAUCAGAGGCAGUUUGUCGCUGUUCCAACGUCUCUAGUGGGCACAGCUUCUGAUGCCAAAGAGUUGGAGGUAGCGGUUCAACGGAUACGAAGAACAAACAAGUUCACCUUUAUCGUCCAGAUCUUCACAGAAACGAGUGCCGGCAUGGCUAUCUUAGCAUCACUGGGAUUUCCGUUCGGUAGCGACGGCCAACACCUUCUGCGCAACGUCCUACGGAAUAAGUCGACUCAAGCAAUCGUCCAGUCAGCCUUUUGGGCGUCCUCGCUGACGCUGUGUUGUUUUCUGGGGCUGAGCACAAUAUACUCCCUAUUCUAA